AUGGAGAGUAGUCCGGAGCAGCAAUUCAAGAACGGCCACUGGAUCUGGGACCAAGAAAAGAUCGGACUGCUCUACGUCAAUCAUGACGCUCCGCUGAAGAUUGCGACAACGGCGGCCGCGGGUCCGGCAAUCCAGAAGCCCGGAAAACAGAUAAUUCCCAGCUCGAUCCGUUUCAAAGAGGGCAUCGAAAGCAUGGAAAAAAUUUAUUUCAGGAGGUUUUUCCAGAGACGCGUCAAGAUGAACGAACCGGAAGUGAUAACGUUGCAGGAUAUCAAAGACGUCGCUCUGUUUCUGGCCAAUCCGAAAGAUUUGACUAUUGAGUUUAUCCAGUACUUUCAUUUACCUGAAAUCGAUCGUUUCUUAAAAUCCAUAAUCAUCUAUUUUCACUACUAUUUGCAGCUUUGGGAUUUCAAUUUGGAGAGGAGGGAAGAGGCAAAAAGGAAGCUGCGGCAACCGGUUGUGUGUGAAUUGGAGGAUAUAAAGAUGAGCGAUCUUUCGGAUUUGAGAAGUAUGUUGUCGAGGGAAUACUGCAGCAUUAUUAUGGGAAUCGGCGGGAUAGCAAAGUAUCAUCAUCUCAGCUCAUCGACGAAUUCGCUUUCGGAGAAGGAUCGAAGGAUUUUCGAAGCUCUUCUAUGCAUGUUCGUGUCACUUGGAUCGCGCUUCAACGCCGCUAUCGUGCACAGGGGGAAACUUUCAAGGACUUUGAACAGAACGCAACGCGAAGAUCGGAUGCUGGUGGGAACAGCGAAUUUCAAAGAGUCCAAACUGAAGCAGCGAUCAGGAUUAUCGAAGGAUCUGAUACUUGGCGCACACGAUUACCGGAUGCUCGGAAUCGGAUUCAAAGAAUUCAAACCUACGACGGAGAGGAUUCAGUAUUUGGAAAAGAUGUUCGCUGCUCCAGAAGAAACCUUAUUGGAUUUUGGGAUCACUUUAGGAUUGAUCGGGAUACCCAGGGAGGAGUACGAUUGUGUCAUGUUGCCAAGGGAACGGACAAGCAAAAAUUUCGAUAAAAUCAACAUAACCGCUAUAGAUUUUGUUUUUCCUCCGAACAUUGACGUUCCAGACGAUGAAUUGCCGAAUCAUUUUUCACGGACUCCAUGCAAAUACGUAGAGUCCGAGCAAUCUGCAGCAGCGAGAGUGAAGCAAUGUAGCAUGUGGCAGAAUUUCAUCAAGCAGACUGAUAUGACGGCGUUCUGCAACACGCAGGACGCGGAUUGAGGUGGGAGUGAAAAUAUUAAUAAUAAUUGAAAAAAAAAAACGUGUGA